CAGUUUGCCGGCGAGGCUCUGAACCUUGUCUUGAAGCAUGCCAUCAAGGAGCAACGACCUUCGUACAGUCUUGCAACUGGAUAUGGCUUUCCGUCCUCGCAUAGCCAGUACAUGGGCUACUUUGCGUCAUUCCUCAUGCUGCAUCUGCACACCAGGCACCGAUUUGCGUCGAGCGGUAACAGGCUGCUGGACAACGCGUGGCGGUUUGUGGUCUAUACCGGAAUCUUGGCUUGGGCGCUAGCGGUGGCGUAUUCCCGGUAUCAUCUCCAGUAUCACAGUGUGCCGCAGAUCCUCUGGGGCCUCGGUAUCGGCGCGUUUCUCGGGGUCUUUGUGUACACGUGUUCCGAGUGGGUACCACGUCACUGGCCGGAAUCGACGCUAGGCCAGAUCAAGGUAUUCCUGCUGGAAAACCCGGUAUGCACGUGGCUCCAGCUCCGCGAUGGAUGGGACGUCUGGGCAGACGGAGGAAGGGAGACAGAGUGGCUCCGCUGGAGAUCUGAAUGGGAAAGGCGCCGGCUGCGUCGCACCAAAGCUGAUUGAAUUGUGUUAUCUCAUCUGGAUUAGAGUAGGUCAUCGCUGCAAAUCUGCCUCGUGAAUUUCGACCAGACUUCAGUGACUUGAACAGAACAUUUCGGUGCAUCUACAAAGUUUGAGCUCCAGUGCACCGCACCUUCCAGUCUCAACUUUUAUGCAAAUGCAUUGUGACUUGACUCGG